AUGCAGUAUAUGAGAGUCAUCACAGAAGGAAUUUUAAACUUCUACGCGCAACUGAAGGAAAGAUUCCCGCGAAAGCACGACGUCUUUACAGAGAACGAAUUGAAGAAUUAUGAAGAUCUUACAGUUCUAAAUAGAGUAGAAAUCGUCAGAUUAUAUAAUCAGUUUGUAAAUUUCAGUCCCAGUUUGGAAUACGGAGAGAAAAAUCCAGUUUUACCUCCCCAUCAUCUGUGCUUCACACCUGCUCUGAGGAUGAAUCCUUUCAAAGAUCGAAUCGUGAAAGUCUUUACUACUGAAGAAGGAGAAUUCAGCUUUGAAGACUAUCUCAAUAUGAUGUCUGUCUUCAGUGACAAAGCUUCAGUGAUUGUCAAAUCCGACUAUGCUUUCCGAAUUAAUGACUUUGAUGAUGAUGGUUUGAUUUCUAGGAAUGACCUUCUUGAACUAUUAAAGAGAAUUAAGGGAAAUAACGAACUCAGUAAAUCAGAAUGUGAAGAGAUAAUACAAAACGUUUUAGCAGAAGCCGAUUUGAAUGCAGAUGGCUAUAUAGCUUACCCAGAAUUUGAACAUCUCGUGUUAAAAUCACCAGAUUUCUUAAAUUCUUUUAGAAUUCGGCUAUAAUAUCUUACAAGUUCAAUACUGAUAAUCUUCAGAAUUGUCAUCCGUCACUAUUGAAACAAACGAGAGCUAUAUAAGUAACGGACGUUUAAUCAAAUAUGUUUUAGGAUGUACAGUAAACCUGUACUAGAAAAAAUCAUCAAAAUAUUUUGAUUAAAUUCAGGAUGAAGUGCAUCGACUCUAAGACAAUACCAACAACAAAAUAAAAAAAGAUAAAGGGUAAAAAAAAUAUUUUUUCAUUGUUAUGACCGUUUUUUCUUGGGUUUAUUAUUCAAUAAAAAACACGAUUAAUUUAUGUUCAUGUAAUUAACAGUAAUUGAAUCAGUUUUGAUUACAUCAGAAAUGUCUCAAGAAUAUGGAAUAUGAAGGAGGAAAUGAACUUAAGGGAGGAUAUGAAGUUCUCUGAUUCCAAAUAAGUGAUAUCCAAGAAAACUGUAACGAAACAACACUAGAGACAAAUUUGUGGUUUAAGGUGAACGAAAUUUGGAAAACAUAAUUAUACCUACAUGAAUUAGUCGGUCAUGUACCUAAAUUAACUAUUUCUGAAAGAGGCGAACUUUUCUGUUGGAAGGUUUUCAGUCUGAAAUGAUACGAGAAAGAAAAAUGAAAUUUAUUUUGUAAUUUGAUUGCAGAUGACAUCAUGUAAUCACAUUAUAAAAUGCAUUGCAACUGAUUACGUUAUAUAAUAUAAACUAAUUAAUUUCUGAGAAUGCAAAAUUACUGCAGUGACCACAAAAAUUAUUUUAGUAACCAGAUUUAUGUUUUACCUAUUUUACCGUUUGCUGAGGUUAAUAUUAAUUUAGUUUAACUCCUGUUUCUCGAACCUUUGCAAACAUCUCAUUGUUUUCUUUAGUUUAGAAAUGUUAUUAUAUCUCUGCACA